UCUCUCUCUCUCUCUCUCUCUCUCUCCUGGUCCUGCCUCUGCCUCUCACAGAGACAGAGAGAGAGGAGGGACUGAGACGCGCGCACGCUUGGGUUUUGUUUUGCAACUCCUGCAUUGACCGACAUUCUUCCAGAAGCUGCAGAUCGAACCCUGCAGAGCCGUCAAAGACGGCGUCGUCAACAAAACGCUAAAUGCGAAAUCCGUGGGGAGCUGAACUGAAAACAUUUCAUGAGAUGACAUUUCGUCGUUGGAAUAUGCAACUGAAAGAACUUCGUCACUCACAGCCUGAAGAGACGGGACACGGAGGGAAGAACCAUUUCUAACUCUGUAGACGUAUGGCCUCAGAACCUCACAAGUGUUUUUAACGCAUCUGUUUGUAAGAGCAGCUCAAACAUGAGCAACCUGACGACUUUCAAGGGACUGAGGGUCAGCGUUGACAGAGGCAACAAGACUCAAAACCAGUUCCCUCAGUCUGGGGACGACAACGCCAAUCAAUUAACUUCUAUAGGUGAUCAAGAAGGAAGACGAGUGACGGAGGACACAGGAUACAGCACGUACUCCAUCCCUCCUUUAGUCUCCCAGAGCGACUCCCCCGACAAGCUGGUGAUCUGGGGCUCUGAGCAGCAGUGUAUGCAGUCUGAGCUCAGAGAGUUUGAGCUGUUGGACUGUCAGGAGAUAGACGCAUUUUUGGGAAACAGGGACCAGGAGGAAGAUAAUCUGGAUGACGACAACGAGGAAAGUUUGAGAGACGGAAGAGACGAGGGUCCCAUGUCCAUAUCCUCCAGCUCGACUGCCAGCUCGGCUUCAACUGACAGGAGGAGAAACGACAAUGACAGAGAAGAGAGGAGAAUACAGAGAGGUAAAGAUGUCCACAAAAGGAUCGGCUGUCACAGCACUGAAGAGCUAGACACGUGUGUGACAGGCUCCGCGGAGAAGACCGAUACCAGGGAGAGGCGCAAGGGAGGGCUGAAGGAAUCCAAGUCUGAGACAAAUGUGUUUGUCUCCAGUUUGUCAGCCACUGCCCUCAGCGGAAGUUUGUCAAGUGCUCUCGAUAUUAGUAGCAAAGCACAUUCUCCCAUUUCUCUGUCAAGUCCUAAAACUCACCCGUAUCCAAAUGCAAACAACUCUACCUCAGCCCAGACAAGGAGAAGGGCAGAUCCUGUAGAUGCCAACCAGAACUCAGCAUCACUGCAUCCUCAGGAGAAACACCAUUCUUUUCAGUUCUGCAGCCAGGAUCAGCGACAGAAGGAGGGAAGCCAUCAUAAAAAUGGACUGUCCUCUGAUGUGGGGCUCGGCCAAAGGAGAAGGACUGGAUUUGACGAGAGGGUUCUGCCACCGCGACGGCAACAGCUCGUCAGACCUCUUCCACAGAGCAGGAGCUCUGCAGAGCCGACGGCUCAUCAGGAGGAGACAGGACAACCCAGUUCUCCAAACUACACUCUUGAGUCGUACAGCAAUGGGUUAAACAGAAAGCAUGUAAAGUCAGCUUUACGUGAACCGUCAGAUUUCUCUUAUCUGUACAGCACACCCGCAGCCUCCCAGGCCAGACAGCCCAGCCAGACUAAGAGAGAGGUUCCUUCUGUGGAGAAACAACCAGCGUCAGCACUGGGGCUUAGUUCUAAUCCCUCCAACCCUUCUCCAACAGAGAAGAGACCCCAGAUUCAGUUCACAUACAGGAGGAAUUGCUCCAGUCCCAACAGGACUGGGGUUGAAUCCAGGUCGUGUACUCCUCCUCACUCCCCUCUGAAGACACCCCAGGGUUCACCGCGCAGGCAACCCUCCAUGUUCCUUGUUACCAGGAACGUCCCCGGAGUGGUUCGACAUAUCCCGUCAGGAUGCAACCCUGCUGUGUCAACGUCAGCUCAGGGCUAUGGCAACAGUUGCUUGAGAGCACCAGUCAAAACUAACAUAAGCACAAGCGGAAUCUCCAAAGCGCCUCUUAACAACCAGCAGAGCUCCUCCUACCCUCAACACGACUCCAGCCCCAAAGAGAGCUCCCCAUCACCCAAACUUAAACCGAAAGGAGUUCGCCCUAAAAUCAUUACCUAUGUCCGAAAGAAUCCUCAGUUCAAACCCCAAGUGGCUGACGGACCCUAUCAGGUGUCCUCUCUGCCGUCCCGGCUCUCGGCGUACGCCCACGGACAAACCCCGCCUCCCUUCAGAGGAAACCCUAAAGACACAGACACCAGAGGAGUCCCGGUGCUCUCUGCCUCCAAUCUGCUCUAUGACAAGUAUCGUCAGGACAUGCAGGCAAACGUCUUCCCAUCAGCUGCACUGAGCAGGAGCAUCAGGGCCCCCGCUCACACACACACUGUUCCCCCCGCACACACACACGUUCACCCCCACAGCCACACGGCUCCACCCAAACUGAGCGGCAAAGAGGGCGACUUCUACGGGGCGGGGUCAGAGGUGGAAAGAUCUGCUGCUUUCAAAGGGAAUUGUGCAGAAGACUCACUGCAGCCCCCGGCGGCCGCUCAGGGCGGGGCGGGCGGCAGUCUGCUGCGCUCCGGCAGAGGUCUACGUCUCGGCCUCGGAGCUGUCAACAGGACGGCUGUGGCCACGGCCAAGGGCAGAGGACCUGGUCAAGGUCAGAGGUCAGUGCUGGUCUUCAGCCAGCCGGUCCAACCUGUCAUCCCAGCGACAAGCCAGAAAAACCACAACCACGCAGAUGACCAGGUAUUUACCCAGCAUGCUCCUGUUCCGUCUGCUGCUGCAGCGACGGCAGCGGCUCAGCCUCAGGCUGUGGCCGUGGCCGCGGCUUCCAGGUCUCUGGUUCCCAGAGGCAGCCAGUCAGGACUGCGUCCCCCGGGCUUCAGCUCCAGCCGUCUUCCCCCAGGCCGCCUGGCAGCUUUUGGCUACGUCCGUAGCUCCAGCGCGUCGUCUGCGUCCUCGGCUCAUUCUGCCGACAGCACACAGAGUGAAUCCUGCAGGACGGCUCACUGUGUGAGUGAGGAGCCUCCUCCUCACAGAGUGACCACCAGCCCUCCAUCCACCGUCCACCAGAGAGGACCAUGUCGCAACAGCAGUCUCCAGCCGCCGUCCACCCCGGCUCUGCCGCGCCGAUACCUGCCUCCACAGCCCAGAAGCUCUCCUGGAGUUGGCAGGAAGGAGUUUCAGCGGAGUUCAGAGGUCACACGUUCUCUGCCGUCCUCCCCGAAGAGGCUGGCAGUGGUUCCUCCCAAACUUCAGUCCCCAGUCCAGUCCGGGCAGCGGCCCGCAGCUGCAGUGCGGGGGUCGGCUCCUGUGGGGUCCCCUCACCGCAUGGCCCCCGUGAGGCCGCAGCAGGAACAGCAGGAGAGUCUGCAGAGGGAGAAAGAGAAGGCUCAGCAGAAAGAGAGGGAAAGGCGAGCGGAGGAGAGAGAGAAAGCCGAUCAGAGGGAGGAAGUUCAGAGGCUGCAGGGACGCUGUGAGCAGCAGGAGAGGCAGCUGAGAGCUCUCAGAGAAGAACUGAGGAAGACUUCCUUAGGUCUGGAGGCCUUCGUCGUCACCACUCAGCAUUACUGCCUCAAGAAUAAAACGACAGAGGAAAAUGAAAGGAAACUGUCUGCGGAAAUGCAAAAGAUCAGAGAGGAAAUGGCCUGGAACUCCAUGCGAUGGGAGAGUCUCCAGCGGGAAAAGACGGCGUUGGAGGUGGCGUUUGAGCGGGAGCUGCAGGAGCUGCAGCUGCAGCAGGAGGCAGAGCUGCUGUCUGUGGAGGAGGGGCUGAGAAAGUGUCACUCAGCAGAAACAGAACACCUGAGGGCGGAGCAUCUGUCAGAGAUGGAGGAGCUUAGGACUCAACAACAGGAACAUGUGGAAGAGAUGACAGUCAACCACCAGGCUGCCAUUCAGGAACUCAGAGACAUGCAUAACAUCACCAUGGCAACGCUGCAUGAGGAGCAUGCCCGCACCAUGAGAGACCUGAGAAAAGCUCAUGAACAACAGAAGAUGCUCCUGGAGGAGGAUUUUGAGAAACUCAGACUUUCUCUACAGGAUCAAGUGGACAUGCUCACAUUUCAGAAUCAGAGUCUGAGGGACAAAGCCAAACGUUUUGAAGAGGCUUUGAGGAGGAGUACGGAUGAACAGAUCGUCGAGGCUUUAGCGCCAUACCAGCACAUUGACAAAGAUCUGAAGAGCUUAAAGGAGAUUGUAGAAAUGAAGAACCAGCAGAUACACCAGCAGGAUAAGAAGAUCUCUGACCUGGAGAAAGUGCAGGCCCAAAAGAACGUGUUCCUGGAGGAGAAGGUCCAGGUUCUGCAGCAGCAGAAUGAAGACCUGAAGAGUCGGAUUGAGUUGAACCUUGUGCUGUCCAGACAACUCUCAGAAGAGAACGCCAACCUGCAGGAGUCUGUGGAGAAGGAGAGCACUGACAAGAAGCGACUGAGUCGAAACAACGAGGAGCUGCUGUGGCGUCUCCAGACCAGUCCCCUCAUGUCCCCGGCCUCCUCUCCUCUGCACCGCUCCUUCUCCACCUCCCCUGCCCCCUCGUCCCCUCUCUUCUCCUCCUGCUCUCCUGUGGGAGGCUGUGACUCUCCCACUCACUGUCACGGCUGUCCCCAACAGGUUCAAUACUCCUCGCCGUCCCACAGAGCCACUGCCAAUCAAAGUCCCUCCCCGGGACCGGCCACGCCCACUCACAGGGCGGCAACCAAUCAGAAUUACUCCCUUGGCCCGGCCACGCCCACACACCGCGCCUCAGGCAACCGCUGUAACUUGACCACAAGUGUCAGCUCCCUGCAGCGGUAAACUUCUGACCAAACUAUAAUGGGACAAUUUUGACAGUUUAUAUUUGGACAUUUUUUGACGACAUGUUAUACUUUCAUUAUUUUCCGCCCCGAUAUCACUCAGAUGACGAUCAUGGGAUCUGUUGGCGCUUUUCCACAAUACAGUUGUAGCACAGCUCGGCUCAGCUCGACUCUAAACCUUUGAUUCCUUUUCCAUUUCUAUAGAACCUCCUCCAUGUGAGUCGUCGCACGAAAAUGCCAUGACGUCGUUUUUUAUACCUGUCACAAACACACAAGUAGCGAGGAUUCAGUACUUUGUGAAUCUACUUUGUGAUUGGGCUUUCAACAGUGCUGUCUCUAAAUUCACCAGACUGCUCUGUCAAAUAUUGACAUUUUAGGCCUUUCCUUUACUAAAUGAUCUACAGUUGGCUUUGAUUCUUGUGUCGCACGCUCAUGACUCUUCCAAGUGACGACACUCUCUGACCAAUCAGUGACCUGCAGUCUGACAGCGUCACAUGUUAGUAUCGGCUCAGCUGAACCUUGUCAGGGCAGGAAGUAAAACAAAACACCAGGUACCAGGUUCUAUCACUGCCGUGCCGCGCCGUGCCGCGCCGUGCCGCGCCGUGCCGUACCGCUUCAACUAUACAGUGGGAAAGUGCCAUAUUUGAAGGUAGAAAAAGCAGAUUAGUGUCAUUUGUAAAUACUAAUGAUAAUAAUAAUAAUAAUACAGUAUCAGUCAGAUAUUGGUAUAGAUAGAUACUAACACGUUUUUAAACUACAUGUAUGUAAAUUGAAUGUUCAGAGGAGAAGAAGCACAGCAUGUAUGUCUCAGUUCACUCCUCUCUGUUUUAACCUGGAACCAAUAGAAGAAGAAUCUGUGAGGGAAAGGACAGUCGUCCUGAGGUCCUGCACAGACUUCUACUACUGAGAUAUAAGAAAACUUCUUUGUGAGAUUGUAAUUUGACAAUGACGACAGCUCAGUCCUUUGUCCUGAAACGACUGUGUAUAUUGUGAUGACUUGUGUUCUCCCUCUCACUGGGAUGUAUUACUGUCAGUUACUGAAUCAGCUUCCGGCUGAAACCUUUGUUUUGUUUGUUUGUUUUUUUUUCGGUUUCUGGAUAAAAACAAAAAUCCCUAACAAAGCGCCUUACACUCAAACCUGCUGCCUUACCAGCAGAGAGCGACCAAUCAUUUUAUUUACAUUAAUCUAUGGAUUUGGUUUAUAAAUCACAACACAUUUAAAGGUGUGUUUUGUAAUUAGUGCAGUGCUGACCUUUGACAUGUGUGGAACAUCUUCUUCCUGCGUGUUCGGCCAUUUUAUACGUGUACAAUAAUACAGAGGACUUUAAAUUUACUUUAAAUUCUUGCCAGGUCUUCCUACAUGAGCUACUCUUCACAUUAACAAUCCCUCAGGUCAACUUGCAAAAAACUACCCCUGCCAUUUUAAAUUUACCUCAGCGGGAAUGUGCAGUCUACACACACACACACAGCAACAACAGCAACAACAACAACAACAACAACACACACAUCUACAGAGAGCUCAGAGCUAAAGGGGGGAUCUAACACAUGGAUCACUGUUUUAAAGCAGAUUUCUUUACAUCGUGGUGUUUAUAUCUAAUUUAUUUGUUCCAUUUGUGUUUGUUUUUUGUGACUUCAGCGAGCAUGUGUCGUAAAAGUCUUCCAGUCUUGACGUAAACCUUGUUAUUGCUGUGAUCAUGUGAUCUACAUGUAUGUGUAAAACCUGACGUGUGGAGGAAACGAACAAUGAAACAACACUUUACUUGUGUUUGAAGGGUGAUGUUCAGGUCACAGUGUUUCUGAUGGAAUAUGAGUCAAUAAGCUAUGUAAAUAUUUAUAAAAAACAACCUCUCUGUGAUGUAUUAGAAUAGUGUAGCGUGUACUAACCUCCUCAUAGCCCCUGCUUAAUCCCUCCCACUUUAUUUAUUUGAAUUAUUUUCCCUUUUUUUACGACUGUAUUGUUCAGGGAAAAAAGUUUGAUGACAAAUACCUUCAAUUUUCCUUUAUACAGUUCAUAAUAUUCUAUUUCCCCAUUAUAAUAGAGACACCAACAUUUGACGUAUACAACAGAGAAUCAUUUUAUAUCAUACUUAUGUAUAUUAUACCUGCCUCCUGUGCUGUAAUGGAACGACUCUCUUACCCUCAGGGUCCUAAGUUUUAUCUGAAACACUGAAAAAGACAGUAUUAGACAAUGUGAUCUUAUUAUUAAUAAUAAUAAUAAUAAUAAUAAUAAUAAUAAUAAUACAGAUAAUUUAGACGUAUGUAGUUGUAAAUAGACAGAGCCGUUGAGAGGUUAUGAGGGUCAGACUGUCUGUGUUGUGUUGGCAUGGGUUAGGUUUAGUGGCUAAUGUCAUAUUGUUAAAAAAGAAUUAAAGUAAAUGCAUGAGGGCCCUAAAACUCCGUGCAGCCUCCCUGCACCUGGUGAAGGAACCAGCAUGUUCAGGGGUUUGUGGGUCGACAGUUUUACUCAAUAAUACGUAGAUUGAAGUAGAUUUUUUUAUCGUUCUACCAGCACUUUUGACGGCCGUGAAAUCUCAACUUUUCAUUGACCUUCAAGAUCCUUUUGUACGACACACACACACACACACACACACACACACAGGGUUCAAAUGCUCUUAAAAAGAAUGUCGAGAACGAACAGCGUGAGAUUUGAGAUGAAUCUCACUUUUAUACCCACACACUGACGACUUUGAGAAUGUCUUUGUCAGAAUAAUAAAAGGAGUCAGAGAGUCA